GACAGUGAAGUUCCAUCCUGGGACGGCAACCCGUCAACCUUUGAACGGUUUGCCACCGAAUGCAGGUGGUACCAGUUCUCCUUGAAGGCUUCCGAGAAGCAGCUGGCCGCGCCGAGAGUCUGGCACAGACUGAUGGGGUCAGCCAAGUCUGUGGUGCGGAACUUAGAUCCUGCAGCGUACUGCACCAACAGCGGCCUGGAGAAGCUACCAGAUGUUCUUCGAAGAAGUCCUCUUCAACGGCUGCCAGUCCCGGACACGUUCCAGCGGCUGGAGAGAUGGUCCGGCUUGCACAAGAGGCAAGGAGAGUCGAUACCGCAACUUCUGGUUCGAGAAGAGGAACUAUUUGUGGAACUUCAGCAGAGCCUUCAGCGGGCUCGGAACGUCAACUCUGGUGGUGUUUCCAAGGUCUUGUUCUCCGAAGAGCCUCCUCCUCAGGACUCCGAAGAGGAGACUCCGGCUGAUGAUGGAGCCGAAGCGACGGAGCCUGACAGCAAGGAGAAGGAGGCCAAGGACACAGCCGAGCGACCCACUUCGAAGCCAUCCUCGGACACCUCGCCGACUUCUUCGACGAGAACGAAGACCACAAAGACGCAUGUCAGUGCCACCGGCGGCUUCUUCGAGGAUGAACUUCACGGAUACAGGUUGCUGAAGGCAUGUGGCCUUCAGUCGUCGGAGAGACAGCAGAUCCUGACCCUGACCGGCAACACCACGACCUUUCAGGCCAUACGCCAGGCUUUGCGGGCGAUGUUUGACGAAGGAGAGAGCGAUUACUACGACCCGUGGGACGAGUGGUCGUGGGAAACUGGUGCCGGGGACGACGAGGUCUACUGGUAUGGAGACGAGUCCUCUGAAUGGCCGGAGCAAAAUUCAUACGAGGCCAGCAGCGAUCCUCCGAUGGAUGAAGCCGAGAAAGCCUUGCUGGAGGACGAGGCAGAGGCCUUCGCGAUCGCAGAGGAGGCCCAGAAGACGCUCCAGCAGGCAAGAGAUGCCGUGGCGAAAGCCCGCCAGGCACGUGGCUACUAUCCCCUUGGUGGCAAGCAUUCCCCUUCGUCCUCCAGCGGUUCUAGAUCUUUUGGUUCUGGAGCUAAAGGCCAGAAGGGUGCAGGCAAGGGCGGCCCAUGUACUGCCUGCGGUCGCUUUGGCCAUCGCUACUGGGAGUGUCGCGAGCGCUCCUCGGGCAAGAAAGGCUUUGGCAAGAAGGGCUCUUUCUCAAAAGGGAAGAGCAAGAAAGGAAGUGGAAAGGGCAAGACAUAUGCCCAGGACCACUUAGUGGAUGCGGGCUAUGCCUUCUCCUACCUGCUGACCAAGGACCCAGAGCCGGAGCCCUUUGAGUCCCUGCCGGAGCUCCUGCCACAGGACAUCAUGGUGCUGUCCGUUGGCAACGACACCGUGAAUGGAAAGCUUCGGGCUAGCCAGGUCAUCGUUGAUACUGGAGCCACGGAGUCUGCCUGUGGGAUCAGGACCAUGGAGAGAUUCUUGGAAGCCUCCGGUUGCAGAUAUGACGUGGCCCUGACCGACAGGCCUACCUUCAGGUUUGGAGAUGGUCGGACCUUGCAAGCCCUCUCCCGUGUCGAUGCCUACACGCCUGCCUUGGGUCUGGUUUCGGUCUAUGUCCUCGACGACCCGAACUCUCAAGACACCCCCUUGCUUCUCGGGGGAAGGACCCUUCGACAGGUCAAGGCGACAGUGAAUUACGGCGAUGAGACCUUGAUGUUCCUUCGACGCAAUGGACAGCUUGCUUUCCUUCCGUUGGUGUCCACCCUCGGUGGCCACAUGGUGGUGGAUUUAGCUGUGCGAAGCACUUCCUUAGGUUUCUCAGAUGAGUGUCGCCGUGGGACUGGGAAACACAUUCCCGGCACUGAUGAAGAUGACGCGGCCCCCGGCAUCGGGAUGGCUCUGAUGUCAGCGAUCAUGUUUGCCAUGUUCCGGUUGCACAUGCUUAUCCUGUUUUUCAUGAAGAGAGAAGUUGUCGUGAGAUGGCCUUGUAUGGGCCAGCACAAGGACGGGGUGCUGAGGACAGCUGGUCCGUCGCGAGAAGUGGUGGCAACGGCGAUUGGGCAGAUCCGCAUGGAGUACACGGCCAGCCAGGUGACGGAGAAGAUGAUCGUCGACAAGUGCAUGGAGAUCACCGGGCGGAUGCGCCAGGAAGGACCCCCCGAUGACAAACGAGAUGACGACCACUACCACCAGAGCCUCAACGGAGGGGACAUGGACGGCGCCUACGUGUAUGGCGAGGAAGACAGAGGGCCUGUUGAACCAGGAGGCGUUGUCGAGAGCAACACCGAAGCGAGCAAAUCUGCGGGCAAAGGAUGCCCCAGCGGCCUCAACGGCGAAACGGAGAAAGCUCCUGUCGAUCUGGAGGAUCAGGAGCUCCACGAGAAUCUCCAGGAGAUCCUGGCCCUGGAGAAGCGCCUCGAGUUGCAGAAGGCGGCGCUCCUGGAGGAGAUGAAUCUGAGAGGUCUGAUGGAACACGACGAGGACGGCCUCAGCCAGAUCGAGGAGUUCGACGACCAGGGUGUGAAGAUCAUCGCCGAGGGCCAGAGCAGCGAGAGAGCCGACCGAGGAAACCGUGAUGAAGGCAAAGAUGAUGGAGUCCCUUCCAGUGCUAAGGAAGCUGCCUCCGUGACGGCGGCAGUGGGCUCCCCGAUCGACUUUCUUCAGGUCGGUGGCCCAAGCACUCUGUGUGAAGCUGUGCGCGAGAUGGGCUACGAGACGAAGCGGGUCCAACCGGACUCUCUUCAAAAGAUGAGCCAGCUCCCUGAGUCCCUCGAUGCCAAGGUCCUGUGGGUCUCUCUUCCACUUCGAGCUCUAUUACAAGACACCUUCCCUCGAACUCAAAUCUCUCCAAAACAGCAGGUGAACCAUGACCGUGCUGCCCGGCGCGAUCGAGCUCUUCUUCGAGACUCCGUGGGUUGCGUGGCCAGACAUUUACAAAAUAAGAGAGAUUUUGUUCUGGAACUUCCGGCCAAACUUCGGAGCUGCUGGGAUGAGGUUGAGUAUUUGAAGGACCUGGCCAUCGAGAGCAACAUGGUUGUGUAUGAUUUUCUGGUGCAAGGAUGUGCCUACGGCCUCAAGUGUGGCGAUCUCCCGCUCCAUCGAACAUGGCGUAUUAUGACAACGUGUGAGGGAGUGAAGGCUGGGAUCCGGAGGGCAUGUCCUGGACACAAGCAACAUGUUGAAGACCAUGGUGGUUGUCCUGGAUGCUCGGACCCUUCAUGGUAUCCUCGGCCCCUUGAGAAGCGAAUGGCUUCUUCAGUGGCAUGGAGUCUUCAGUCAAAGUAUGGCAUUCGGCCUUUGUCGGAAGAUGUCGAGGAGAUGAUGCUGGGGCAAGAAUGGUUCCAACGUCAUGGACGACCUCCCGACUCCGACAACCACGCCUAUGCCCUGACAAGGAACAAGCUUCCUGAAGAGCCUCCGACCGGGAGGAAACUUGAGGAAGUGAGGCAGAUGAUGAUGAGACUACACCGAUCCUCUGGGCACACGAGCUUCUCCAACCUCGCCAAGCUACUUCAACGACGAGUCAUCGAAGCCCCUUCCUUCGCCUCCACCCCACCGGAGCUCUACGAGAUUGUGGGGACCGACGUCUUUGAAUACACGUUCAAGAAUGAAGCGGGUGUCCUCAAGAAACUCAAGGCCUGCCUCUGGGUUGACAGGGCUUCUCGACUUUGCACUGUUUCAGUUGUGAAGAUAUAUGAGGAUGCCUGGGAGCCAACGACUGCCGACAUCAUACGGAUGUUCACUCGAGACUGGAUGAUGCACAAUCCAGCUCCCCGGUGGCUCAUGGCAGACUCCGCCCUUUACUAUGUGUCGGAAGAGAUGCGAGAGUUUUGCGGAAAGUCUGGCAUGGGGUUGUUGAUUGCCCCUCCUGAAUGUCACUGGCUGAUGAGCCAUGAGGAGCAGUUGGUUGGUCGAUUGAAGGCCACGGUCGAUCGCAUGAUGAAAGAAGAUUUGGACCUGGCUGUGGCGACGAUGUUCCAUUAUGCGUGCCACGCUCACAACAGCACCAUCCAGGCGCACUCCGGGUACAGUCCUUUUCAGUGGGUGCGAGGAGCUGUUCCAGCAGACCAGGUUCCAGAUGGACUCAAUCCUCGCAAAGCCUUCUCCGAGGUCCUGAAGUUCCGUGAGAAGGCAGCAGUUGCAUACCGUCGUGCUCAGGCAGCUGAUCAAAUGUCAAAGCUGAACAACACGACCUCAAGACCUCCACAAACGUUUGACGUUGGCUCUCUUGUGAUGAUGUGGAGAGAGAAGCGAUCUGGAGGUCGUGGUGGAUGGCAAGGACCUGUUCGAGUUCUCCUUCGCGAAGGCUCGACCUACUGGUUGGCUUCAGGGGCUGCAAUCAUCCGAGCCAAGGCAAAUCAGCUUCGGAAGUGCAGCCGUCCGGAGGAAGCAGUUGCCAUCACUAGUGGUGCAGCUGUCUAUCGCAUGCCCGUGACGGUUGAGAACCUUUUGCGUGGUUUCCGUGGCAAGCAGUAUGAUGACAUCAGUGGUGCUCAACCUCCACGUGAGGCUCUCGAGGAUCCAUCACAAGCUGAAGUUCGCGUACAACCUCGACCUCGCAGAGCUGGAGAAGACUAUUGGGAGAUCCAAGGUGAAUGGCUUGUGCGAGUUCAUUUGACCCCAAGGUUGACCAUGCUGGUGCCUGGCAAGACAAAGAACAUUCCAGUUGCUGAGGAUCAACUCACUGGGGAACGUCGCACCAUUGUGAAGAGCGGCGACAAUGAGCAGACGAUCGAGGACAACUUUCGCACCCAUGAGAAUCCAGCCCGCUGCAUGUUGGAUCGGUGGACUGGAGAGACUCGCUUCAGUUGCACCUUGCCAGGGGGUCAUCGUUUGCCACAUGUUGAUGCUGGUGGCAACAAGUUCAUCUACGACAAGCGAACCUCCACUUCUGUGCCCGUGGAAGAGUCUGGCGAGGAGACUUCCGUGCAGUCUGAGUCCUCUGGGUCUGAGAUGAUUCCUGAUGACGAGCAGCCACCACCUGCAGGCGGUCGGAAGCGGAAGAGUCCAGAGGGCACUGAAGACAUGGGCUACAUGUUCGAGGUUCCUAUUCAAGCAUGUGAUUUCAAGCGCCUUGUGGAGCGACCUCGACAUGCUGAGGUGUGGCUAUCCAAGAAGAUGAUGGACAAGGGACGUGAAGUCAGCUGGUCCAGUUUGUCGUUGGAUCAGAAGAAGGAGUUUGAUACUGCCAUGGCGAAAGAGAUAUCGAAUGUAUUGCGUAAUUGCGCAGUCAGGGCACUCAGCGCGGCUGAGAAGGGCCAAGUGGACAUUCGCCGAUCGAGUGAUGAAAAUGAGGCCAGUUCACCGACCCUGAGUAAAUUGGGGAAGAUUCUGAUCCUCAGCAUCGUUGCGAAUAAUCUGUGGAUGUUGGAAAGCGCUGAUGUGUCGAGCGCAUUCUUGCAAUCCUUGCAGGACAUGGAGAAAGAGGAUCUCUUUGUAUAUGCUCCGGCCGAGUUGGCUGCGGCUUUCGGUGAAGAUGGAUCUCAGGACUCCACCAUCCUCAAGCUCACUCUUUGCAGUGCUCCAAAAUCGUGGUAUGACACAGUCACGAUGACUUUGAAAAGGUCUGGAUGGACUCAGUUGGAGUUUGAUCGCUGUUUCUUCAUUUUGCUCAACAAGGAGAAGAAGCUUGUCGGCGUGGCGGGCUUCCAUGUUGACGACUUCUUGCUUGGCGGUGAGUCCAAGGACCCUGUGUUCCAGAAGGCCAAGCAUGAACUCCUCUCUGCCUUUGAAUGGGGCAAGUGGGAUCAGAAGAACUUCGAGUUUGCCGGUGCCAACUUGACUCAGAAGGACGAUGGCACGAUCUUCCUCGACCAGAAGGCUUACACCGAAAAAUGGGUCGAGGAGAUUCCUAUCGACCACUCUCGUGCCAGCCAGAUCAAGUCUCGGGCUACUCCAUCCGAGAUUAGCUCGAUGAGAGGGGCUCUUGGCACCAUUGCCUGGCGAGCUCACCAGGUCUCUCCUCAGUUCUUGGCGGAGGCCGGGUUGCUGUUGAGUGAGAUCCCAACCGCCACGGUGGACACCCUCAUGAGGAUCAACAAGCUUGUCAGGGAGAUGAAGAGGAACGCGGAUCAAACGCUGAUCUUUCAUCCCUUCCAGUUGCCAUGGCAGGACCUGGUUGCAGUGACGUGGGCCGAUGCGGCCCAAAACAACAGGGCCAAUAAAGGCAGCACAAUAGGGGUGCUUACAUGCCUGGCUCCUCGCUCAAUCUUGGACGGCGAGGCUGUUUUCAUGAACAUCAUCUCUUGGAAGUCUUCCAAAGCACCUCGUGAAGUUCUUGGUUCCAAUGGGUCAGAAGUGCAAGCAAUUACCAUAGGCGAGGACCUGAACUACCUGGUCCGAUGUGCAUGGCUUGAGGCCCAUGGACAUCCUCCCAUUCGUGGAAAGCAGGCUCAAAUGGUCCGCGACAUGACGAGUGGAGCCCUUGUUAUGGAUUCCAAGGGCAUCUUCGACGCUAUGACGAAGAACAGUUCGUCAUUACAUGGCCUCAGGAGCAGUCGUGCCGGGUACGAGCUUACGAUCUCGGUCAAGCAGGCGGUUUCAGCGCAGACACAUCUACGAUGGGUAGCUGUAACUGAACAGUUGGCUGACGGCCUAACGAAAGGCAAGGCUCGUGGAAUCCUGCUUCGACUUCUCGGUGAUCGUCAAAGGUGGCGGCUUGUGUAUGAUCCAGAGUUUACCGCAGGAAAGAAGCUCUCAAAACGAGAGCAAGAGCGGCGCAUCCGCGAAGUGGAGCAGCACUUCAUUCACUGUGUGAAAGUCCUCGCUGAGCAAGGAAACUUUCCCUGGACAGAGACCACCGAGCUCUUAGAUCCUGAAGAGUGCACUUUCGAAAGACUCAGGACUAUGACCGGUGCAAACACUAGGGAAUGCGAGUGA